GUGAGUGUGGGAGUGUGAGUGUGUGUGUGUGAGGGACUGAGCGUGAGUGUGUGCGAGGGAUGAGUGUCCGUGGGAUUGUGCGUGUGAGGGACUGAGUGCGAGUGAGGCAGCGAGUGUGUCCGUGUGAGGGACUUUGAGGGGAGACCUGAGUGUCAGGGAGUGAGUGUGUGUGCAGGGCUGAGUGUGAGUGAGGGAGUGACAAUGUGUGAGGGAGAGAGUGUGAGCCUGUGGGGGGGUACUGAGUGUGAGGGAGGGAGUGAAUGAGUGUGCGUGGGUUUGAGCCUGAGGGAGGGACAGUGUGUGUCUGGGGGAGUGUGUGUGAAGGAGGAGGUGUGUAUGGGUGUGCGGGAGUGCGCGUAUCUCUGAGGGAGUGUGUGUGUGUGUGUGUGUCAGGCAGGGUGUGCGCGUAUCUGUGUGUGAGGGAGGGAAGGGAGUGUGUGAAGGAGGGAGCGAAUGAGUGUGUGUCUCUGUGUGUGUGUGUCUGUGGGAGGGAGAGAGGGAGGGAGAGCGGCCGCCGCCGCCGCCGCCGGAUCGGUUUCUCGGGGUUUGACCAGCUGUCCCAGGCUAACCCUCUGCUCUCUGAAGAUGGAGGAAGUAAAAACAGGAUUACCCUUAGCUACGGCUCCUCCGCCGCCUUAGUCCCCCCACAGCCAACUGCCGUGCACAAACACACCUCCACUGGGCAGAGGGAGCCGACACUAAUAAACACACAAACAAAAGGGGGAUGGAACUGACUCACUGCCUGCGCGGCUGAGUAUGUGCCAUUCCUGAGCGAGUUUCCCCGCCGGCUCAUCCCGGGGCUUCCCGGCUCCGCAUGCCCCACCUCUCGAGCAAAACUCUCUCCCUCCAUUCCUUGUGGAGAGGCUCAGCAGCUGGGAUUUGCCAUCACCAGCCUAAAAAUGUGUGUGCCUGCCUACCUGGACUAGGGGGAAGAUAAGCACUGCACUUUGACUAUGGAAGCAGAGGCUGUUGAUGGAUAUAUUACAUGUGACAAUGACUAUUCGCCUGAGAGGGAGCACUGCGGCAUGGCCAUCGACCUCACCUCUAGCACUCCCAAUGGGCAGCACACCUCCCCCUGUCACAUGGCAGGCACAAAUUCAGUAAAGCUAGAAAUGCAAAGUGAUGAGGAAUUUGACAGGAAGCCCCUGAUUCAUGAAGACAUUAUCAGAGCUCAUGAUGGAGGAAGCAGCCUGGAAGAUCCCUUCAUUGGGAGUAACGAGAUGGUGGAUAACAGAAAGAUGCAGGAGCUAUCAAGCGAGGGAGGAAUCCGGCUUCCCAAUGGUAAACUGAAAUGUGACGUCUGUGGCAUGGUUUGCAUUGGGCCCAAUGUGCUAAUGGUACAUAAAAGGAGCCACACUGGUGAACGCCCCUUCCACUGUAACCAAUGUGGAGCUUCUUUUACCCAGAAGGGGAACCUGCUGAGGCACAUCAAGUUGCACUCUGGGGAGAAACCGUUCAAAUGUCCCUUCUGUAGCUACGCCUGCCGGCGGAGGGACGCCCUCACAGGACACCUCAGGACACACUCUGUGGGGAAGCCUCACAAGUGCAACUACUGCGGCCGGAGCUACAAGCAGCGCAGUUCUCUGGAGGAGCACAAGGAACGCUGCCACAACUACCUGCAGAAUGUCAGUCUGGAGGCUGCUGGGCAGGUCAUGAGUCACCAUGUACCUGCUCUGGAAGAUUGUAAGGAACAAGAGCCUGUGAUGGACAACAAUAUUUCUGUGGUGCCUUUUGAGAGACCUGCUGUUAUAGAGAAGCUGUCAAGCAACAUGGGAAAGCGUAAAAGCUCCACCCCACAAAAGUUUGUGGGUGAAAAGUUCAUGAGAUUUGGCUAUCCAGAUAUCCCCUUUGAUAUGAACCUAAGCUAUGACAAGGAGGCUGAGCUGAUGCAGUCUCACAUGAUGGACCAAGCCAUCACCAAUGCAAUCACCUACCUUGGAGCUGAGGCACUUCACCCCCUGAUGCAGCACACACCGAGCACAAUCGCAGAGGUGGCCCCGGUCAUCAGCUCAGCUUACGCUCAGGUCUAUCAUCCCAGCAGGAUAGAGAGGCCCAUCAGCAGGGAAACAGCUGACAGCCACGAGAACAACAUGGAUGGCCCCAUCUCCCUCAUCAGACCAAAGAGUCGAAUCCAGGAUAGAGAGGGCUCCCCCAGCAAUAGCUGCCUGGAUUCUACUGACUCAGACAGCAGCCACGACGACCGCCAGUCCUACCCAGGAAACGCUGCCUUAACCCCCAAGAUCAAGCCAAACCCGGCUUACGUGAAGGAGGAGGCCAAGCCUUUGGAUGUCACAAAAGCUUCUAAGGGCUCUUUAAAGGAUAUGUACAAGGUGAUCAAUGGAGAAGGGGAGCAGAUUAGGGCUUUCAAGUGCGAGCACUGUCGCGUCCUCUUCCUGGACCAUGUCAUGUACACCAUCCACAUGGGCUGCCACGGCUACCGGGACCCGCUGGAGUGCAACAUCUGUGGCUACCGGAGCCAGGACCGCUAUGAGUUCUCGUCGCACAUAGUCCGGGGGGAGCACACAUUCCGCUAGGCCUUCUCAUCCAAAGGGGACUCCUAUGAAGUACAAGAACUGCACAUGAAGAAAUACUGCACUUACAAUCCCACUUUUCCUCAGACAUUGAGACGCCUAUUUUGUUGUUGUUGCUGUUGUCGUUGUUGCCGUUGUUUAAUUAUUAUUAUUAACCUUAUUUUUUGUGGACCCAACCUCAUUUGCUCUGCCCAGCUUAAGAGUGGAGAGAAGGAAGGGAAUGGAUAAAAAGAGGGGUUUGUUGUGGCAAUCAGUUCUCGGGGAGUGACCCGCCUUGCUUGCUGUGGGAAUUGGAAGGCAGUCCGUGUCCGUCUCAGUCAGUUGUACACCAUGUCCUCUCUUGGGAUGUCACUCAACCAUGCCAGGUGCUUUCAAGUCCCAACAAGAUGCCACUCAUUUGGAAUUUCAGAGGGAUAGGUAGAAACAUUUCAGAGGAGAGCCUUUUUCUAAUGUGAAGAUACGGUGCGAGCUUUCGGUGGCUGGAGGAAAGGGGGGGAACUUUGUUCUGCAGAAUGAAAAAUUAUUUUUAAAGCAAAACUGGUAGGGAGUUAGGAGCAUGAAUCAAAGUCAAUAUUCCUCUCAAAAUUACUUUCAAGGGUGAGCUGUUUUCCUGGGUUCAGUGUGUAUUGCCCCUCUAGAAUGUAAAUAAAUUAAAAAAAAAGAAAAAGAAAUGUAUGUCUUAACACUGUACCACAUUAUAGCAGUUUAGUUUCAUAAGUCUGAGGGCCUUCUGUGGUAAGUUUGAGGCUUUGUAUUUUUAUUUUUCCUUAACUUAUGAAGCACCUUUUUUUUAGAAUUGUUGAUAUUCUGUUACUCCAUGCCUAUGUGUUGUCUCACUGGCUUCUUAGAGACCCUUGGGAGCCUUAUUUCUUUAGUUGCACCCUAAAUUUUAAGAAAGAACAUUUAGAAAUAACAUUUAAACUUGCUUCUAGGACAGUAAGUGGCCUAGGAGUGGGUGAGAGAGCCUGUAGUUUACUCAAGAGGUUCUGCUGCUCUUCAGAAAUACUUUUGGGUUAAAAUUAUGGAUUUAAAAAUGACAAAAGUGCUAGUAGCAAAGUGUUCUUUAAAUAUAGGUAUAUAUAGAUACAUAAUUAUGUAAAUACUUUCUCAUUCUACUAUCACAGUGUUAACCUCUUGGCAGCAGCCUAAACUGAGACUUGCAGCUGGGGAAGCGUUAGGAGCCAGAUCCUUGGCCAGCACUAAUCCUCUUGGCUCCACUGAAUUUAAUGGAACUGCCCCAACUAUUUCAGCUACAUCAGAAUCCCAACCUUGACUGUUUUUUCUCUUGUUGACUUCUUACUUCCUAAUAUGCUGAACCACUGACUUCCUUUUGUUUGUACAUCACCAAUUCUGCUGAAUUUAGGGGUGAAAGUAUUAGCAGGUUUUGCUGGAUAGCCUUGGCUCCUGGAGAGCACAGAAGGCCAGCAAACCAACAGGUCACAUAUGAUCUUCCCUGCUUCUUCAGAAAGGGAUAAGUGGAGAUGUAGGUGCUGGGUAUUGAUUUGGGCUUAAAGAUUUCUUUUUGUUCCUAAUUUAAUAAUUUCCCUUUAGGGAAAGCAAAUGGAGAAGCACACUCCAGAGAGAGUCCUUGACACACAGAGUGGACAAGAAAACAAGUCCACUGAUCUGUUUUGUUUCCUUUCUUUCUCUCUCAGUAAAUAACAAAGGCAGCAAGCACCCGGCAAGUUGCAUCAGUAAAAACUGGGCUUAAACCUACAGGACAGAUUGCCAUUGAAACCCAACUGUUUGUACCAAUCACAAUUGAAAUGUUGUUGUUUGGCAACAAGAGCACAGCUUGAGAAUGGAAAGAUCUGGAUGGGUUUAACCCCCUCCGCACACACGGUCCCCAUGCGCCUGGGGAGACCUUUUCCAAAGGAUAAAGUUACUAAAGUAUAAAAGAGAGAGCAAGAUCAGGCCAUAAUGAAUUCCCAUCUGCUCCCUCCAAUCUGUGCACUUGAUGCAUAUGCCAGUUUGCUGUUCGUUUUGAGGGUACUGGGUUUUUUUUCUUCUUCUCUUCCUAGACCUGGAGCAUUUGAAAGUAGGAGCUGAAAGGUAUUGAUUGAAAUCUUUUUAUGGUGACAUUCUUGGCAGCUAGAACCUGUGUUUAGAAAGAAUACAGUAGAUCAUGGCCAGAUUACCUGAUGACUGCUUCCCAGCACUGCAAUGCUAUUAAGUAGGAGCUGGUAAAGUCUUGCAGUAGCCUAUUAAUUAUAAUACAAUAUGGAGAGAAAUGUCAUCUUGUGUAAUGUGAGACCUAUCAAGGCUGGGAAUAUGCAGGCUUUGGAGAGACAGAUUUAAAGAUCUAUUCCCAACAUUGUUCUUAAUGUCGUUGGGUUCCUCCCCCUCCUUCUUUCUUCACCCUAAUGUGGAGAGAACUGGGGCAAAUGAACCAGUGCCAUCCUCUGGACCAUUCUCAUUGUCCUGUGCCUGGUGCAGCCAAAUUUUGUUUGUGCAGGAGAAAAGCAGGGAGAUGCUGGAGGGCAUCACUUUGAUUCUGUGUGGCUGAAUCUCUGCAGUGAGGGAGAUGGGCUUAGGAGGCAGCCGGCCGCGCUUCGUGUCAGGAUGUGCCUGGAAAUUCAGAAAAGAAAACAGUGGUGGUGGUUUGCUGAGGCGGGAAAGGUCAUUUAAGAACAAGGUGGAAACUAAAAGGUUCUUGGGCCUGAGGCUUGCUGGGCUUUCCUGGGCCUCCAGAAAAACACAUGGCCAAGCUAGAGAGAGAGGUUGCCGGCAAAUCCUUUCAGUCUCUGGGGGAAACACUCCGUUCUCCCCUCUGUGGUCAGCAAAAGAACAUUGGGCUGUGGUUUCUUGGAAUCGCUAGCACUAGGGAAAAAGUGUUUAAAAUUUCUGCCUGUGUUUGGGAAAGCACCAGAGUACGGGAAAGGUAGAGAAUCUCUUGUGUAUGCGCAGAUCAGUUGGCUGCAAUUACAUCUGCAGUUCAUCUGCACUUGGGGUCACCGAUGACUCACUGCUACCUCCAGUAAGGUGUAUUCUGUGGUGUUUAAAGGAUCACAUGGGGAGACCCACUCAUUUUGGACCUGGCUUCAGUUAAGUCCAGCUGCUUGAUCUAUUAGUAGCAGGUGAGGUCUGUAGGUCCUGAUGUCACAGGCACGGGGAACUGGAGAAGUACUGGGGAAUUGUCUUAGUGAAACCACAUUUUUUGGAGAGGAAGAAACUUGAGGGGUGACAUUGAUUUUUUCUUAUCAAUGUCCUUUUCUAAACAUUCACAGGAGACUUUUAUCCUAGAGUCAGGAAAAGAAGAAAGAUUAAAUUCGUGUUCAAAUUUUGAACAAAAUUUUGAAUUAACAUGUACUUUAGAAUUCAAUUCCUACUGAAAAUUAUUAGAGAGCUUUAUGUAAUGCAGUUUGUUCCUUCACAAAAGUGAGCAAAAUGGGGCAGCAGAGAUUUCUUUGGGUGUUUUUUCUUGCUUGCUCUCUGCAAGAAUUGGAUUUCUAAGAAAAGCUCUUGAGUUUCAUCAAGUUCAUUAGUCAUUCAUAGUGUACUAGGAAUUUCAGUAGCUAAUCCCUGGCCUCUAAAUCCGUUUGUUCUGAGUAUUUGGUGCUGGAAAUCAAAUCUGGCUGAUUUUUAUUGGACUCUUUUGAAAUUCUUGGAAUUGGGUUUCCGGUUAGAAACAUACAUUUGCAAAUUUAGAGUUGGCUUCCUGUGAGCAUUCCCCAUUUUCAUUUAAAAAAAAAAGAAAGAAAAAAAAAAUCUGGGCACUUCUUUGCCAGUAAACCCUUUUGCUUCUUUUAUAUUAAAAAUGGCAAUACUCUGACUCAGUUUAGAGGAUUACAAGCCUAUUAAUUUAAAGAGAAGUGUGGCUGCUUAUUCUGCUUUUGGUGUGAUCCAUAUCCUUGGAGCAAAGGGCAUUAUCUAUAUAUCUGCAGUUAUGACUGAUUAAUUUUACAGCCACCUCUCUUUGUAAUCAGUUAGGAGUGCACAUCAAAAUAUAUUGCAUUUUUCAGUAAAGCCUGCUCUUUACUCAGUAACUUAGGGGAUUAAAAUAAUUUUAUUCUCCUUAAAAAGUGCUUUCAUCUAUGAUGUGAUGUGAAAGGUGUCUACACAUUAACCUGUAGUGGUCUGUAGCAGAGAGGAAGAUUUAAAAUGGGUUAAUGGGCCUGAUUUUUAGUGGUACUGGUUUCUACAAUGUUAGUACCCAGCUCACAAAGUAGCCAUGAGGACCUAAAGUAUAUUUACUGCAAGGUGAAGAAAUUCUCAAUUGUCAGAGUUUGCAAAUUUCUUUCUGUUUACAAGGGCUUCCCUAAAUUUGUGCUGUCGGGCAGGAGGUCAAUAAUGAAACCCAGCCCUUCAAAACUGGGCUUUCAUGGGGCAUUAUUACUGUUGCCCAGGCCCUGGGCUAGCUUGUUCUGGUUUGAAAGAAACCAGACAACAGACACUCCUUCCUCCAGAGAGAAACUUUGGAGAUAACUGCAGCAAAGGUGCUUAUUUCAGCCAAGGGCAGCAGCUACAGUAAUGCAGUUCCUUCACUGGAUAAAUUCCUUUCCUUAACUCUUGCUGUGCUUUUUAAUGUCAUGAGGGAGGCUGCCAGAUUCACCUAAAAUCAGUGUGGGAUUUUAGGAAAAGGGUGAUGAAAUUGGCUUUUCUGCGAGUAAUUCACAUCUUAGCUUGGCUUAAUAGCAUUUAAAAACAAAAGUGGAUGGCCUGUGGUGUGGGGCAGCUGGAGAGCUUGAGAAAGUACAUUUAUAUAUAUAUAUAUAUGGUAUUGUGUAGUUAGAGGAAUGCUUUAUUGUAUAUGUGCCUUUUCCAAAUGCAUUUUGGGAGAUCCUGAUGUCGUUUGUGAUAUCCCACCAGACCCUUUCAGAAUGCACAACAAAAACCAACCCAAAGGAAAGAUCCCUUCUCCUGCUCUGCACCCUCCUUGGCAGCUUGGCCCAGAGAGAGGACCCUGGUCAGGGCUUUGCUGUGAGAUUUCCUGCAGUCAGACAGCUUUUAGGAGUGGGAAGGGCUGAAAAUGACCCCAGCAAAGUACAUUCCAGCUAUCCAGCCAGAGCUGGACUGCAGCUGGUCCCAGGGAGCACAGCAUUCCCAGCACAAUGCCAGGGCUUGCUGUGGGAGCCCCCAGCUGCACUGUGCCCUACAGAGAGCCAGGGAAGCUUCUCCUGUUUCCUCCCUCUUUAAGUAAAGCACCCUUUAGUGGACUUUGUUCUGCUUUAGAGUUCCCACUUAGGUCUGCUUCUUGCUUCAGCCUGGAGAAACAAAUGUGGCGAGUCCUUUGGAAGUGGUUUGCAAGUUUGCCUGUCAGGCUGCUGCCAGCGCAGGAAUUGGCACAGAGACCAGAGAAGCUCAUCAGCAGGAGGCAUUCAGAGCCUUCACAAGCUGGAGCACUGCUGUGAUGAGCACAGUGCUGCUUCUGGCACUUUCCCAGGGGUUGGUGACCUGCUUUCAGGUGCACUUGUUCCCCCUGCAGAGCUGAGUGUGCCAGGAGGGCCACGGUGGGCAAGGUGGCUGGGCCAGCAGGCUUUGGGCAGAGCCUGAGCCCAGCAGCAGCCCAGAGCCACCCCCUUGGCAAUGCUCUCCCAAAGAGGGGUGCUGGGGGGAGCAGUUAGAGCUAGAAUUUGUUUCCUAGUGAAUAAUAGAUUCCCUUUUAUCCCACUGAUGCGUUCUGAGAUAUAAGCAAAGGACGACAUCACUGCUUUCCAAUUUGGUUUCUAAUUUAACCUCCUUGUGUCCUUCUCCUACCCAGCUCUGAAAUCUGCAGAGGACAGUCAGGAGGAGGGCUGGGCUCAGGCUUUGCUAUGCUGCAUGCUUAACAGGCCAAGGAAACAGCAAAACUAGUCUCUCUUUAAUUCACCUGCCUUCCCAGUUGAUUGUGUAGAUUCCCGGUUCCUGUUCACUUCCAGCCUUUGGAAAGGUGGUUAUCAGCGUGCACACUUGGGUCCUCAUCUUUGAAGAUAACUUCCCAUGCUAUCUCCUUCUGUGUAAACUUCUCCUUUUCAUCUUGAGGCCUAAUUAAUCAGUGGACAGAAACGACCAUUUCAACAGAAACCUGCAUAGUUGUAGUAAAACUAAUAUUUUUUUUACCGUUGGCAAAAAAAACCACAAAAAAACUGUGAUAUUUUGACUAGCAGUACUAGGUGAAGUAUUUCAACAGAGUGAAUGACAAUGAAGUUAAUCAGAUCAUGUCUUGAGAGGGGCUGGUUUCUCCUGUUGGGGGAAAGGGAGCAGCCUGGCCCAAAGCUGGGGCCAGCACUUCCUUUCCAUAGCAGGUGUUGGUUUAGGCAACAGCACUGCAGCCCAGGAAAACAUUUGAGCACCAUCAGCCUCGUGCCAUCCCUUUGGCUGGAUGUGGGCAUCACAGGAGCUCUGCAGCUGCCUGUGUUUAUCCUGAUCCCAUUAUCUGUGGGGUUGGUGCAGCACAGCAGCUCUGGGCAGGCUGGGUGGUGCUGCUGGAGGCAUUCCCUUAUUCCUUGUAGCAGCCUUAAUCCCUGGCCCUUGGUGGUACCUGGGUACCCCCAGCCUCUGUGUGCGUCACCAGGCUGGAUAAAGGAUGGGAGCCUCCCAUCCCUCCUCUCCUUACAGGCACAACAGGGCCAGUUUGCAGUGAAUUGGGCCAUUUAGUUUUACCUCAAGUGACAUCGAGUGAGAAAAGCUUCUUGCAGGGGUGGAGGUCACUGAGUCCCUACUAUGCACUUACUGGGAUUUCACUUUGCUUACUGGAAAUGGAUGUCGGUUCCUGAACACACUGUAACAAGGGAAGGACUUUUUGUUGGUUGUUUUUGUAGUCAUUCAGAUUCUGAAACUGUGAUCAAUUAUUUGACAAAUUGUCAAGUGUCCUCAGAGCUUGAACACGUUCACUUCCUCACCAUGUAGCAGUCUCCUCUGGCUUUCUGUGCUUUUCUCUUUCUCCCUUUUCCUUCUUGGAGCUUUAAGUCUGGGCCUGCUCUUAUCUCCUGUAGCUUUGGGCUGUCUAGGGGUUUGGGGGGGGUGG